AUGAACUCAAAUCGUGUUGUUGCUGGAACAGGUUUUUACGGAUUAAACUCGAAUCAACUCAAAAAACCUGCUGGAAUUUUUGUCGACGUGAAUUUGGAUUUAUAUGUGGCAGAUUAUAUGAAUGAUCGAGUUCAGCUGUUCCAUCCAGGAGAAUCAAAUGGUAUCACGGUAGUUGGAAGUAGAUCACUAAAUCCAACAAUUAAACUUGCUUGGCCAAGUGGAAUUAUAUUAGAUGCUGAGAAAUAUUUAUUCAUUGUGGAUUUUGGCAAUAGUCGCAUUAUUGGUUCAGGCUUGAAUGGUUUUCGAUGUUUGGUUGGAUGUUAUGGAGUGGGCUCACAAUCCAAUCAGUUAAAUAUUCCAUUUAGUUUUAGUUUCGAUCGUUCUGGAAACAUCUUUGUGGCUGAUACAGAUAAUCAUCGAAUUCAAAAAUUCUUAUUGAUGAAAGAAUCUUUUGCUCUUUCAUUCAAUCAAACAAAGUUUUGUCCAACUGCCACUUGGGACUCCAAUGGAAUUAUUUUUGCUGAUCGAUCGAUGGCUGGUGAAUAUCCUACCGCCAUUUUUGUGAGCACAAAUAACACAAUCUAUGUUGCUAAUCAACAAAAGAACACAAUUGUUAUGUGGGAAGAAGA